AUGCUGCUGCUACUCGAUAAAAAAGAAGAAGACUGGGAAAGGCUCUCCGAGGCGGAGGCGCCUGUGAUCAACUACCAGAACUGCCUGUGGCAGAAAACAGCAGGGUUGCUUUUUUCAGAGUACAUCUGCCUUGCCAUCAUGUCGUUCCCAUGGAGUUACUCGGUUUUGGGUCUUGUUCCCGGCUUGAUCAUCACCGCUGGCAUUUCCCUCAUUUGCCUCUACACCGGUUGCAUCAUCACAGACUACUGCAUCACGUACCCGGGAAUCACGUCCGUGUGUGACGUGGGCCAGCAUAUCUUCUGGAACUCCAGAACAGUGUGGUACCUUACCGCCGUGGCGUUCAUUUUGAACAACACCUUGAUUCUGGCGCUCCACGUGCUCGUGGGAGCCAAGUACUUUAGCACAAUCUCCGACAAUUACGCCGGCCAGAGCGGCACCAUCUGCCAGAUUGUGUUUGCCGUGGUGAGUGCGGUCAUUUGCUUCUUGUUUUCGCUUCCACGGACGUUUUCGUCCAUGCUGGGCGUGGCGUACGUUUCCGCCAUCACCAUGUUUGUCUCGGUGGUGCUUUCCAUGUCUUUUGCCGGAGUUCAGGACCAUCCAGCCGGUUUUGAUGGCACCCCAGUGGAAUGGAACCUCUGGCCAGCCAAGGGAACCACCUACGUCCAGGGCAUGUCCGCCAUGUUGAACAUUGUGUACACUUUUGUGGGCCAGAUCACGUACCCUUCGUUUAUCUCGCAGAUGAAGCGGCCCAGGGACUUCAAGAAGGCCUUGUGGGUGGUGACGGUGUGCGAGUUAAUCACUUUUGCGCUUGCCGGUCUGAUUGUCUACGUUUACGUCGGCAACAAGUACAUGACGGCGCCGGCAUUUGGCUCUCUUGUGGGCAAUUACAAGAAAAUCGCCUACUCGUUUGCGCUCCCCACCAUUCUCUUCUUGGGCUCCUUGUACUCGAACGUCACCUCCCAGUGGUUCUUCCUUAUUAUUUUCAAGGAGGGCGACAAGAACAGAGAGGACCACACCGUGCUCGGCUGGUCGGUGUGGAUUGGCCUCAACGGGUUGAUCUGGGUUGUGGCUUUCAUUAUCGCCGAAGUCAUUCCGUUCUUUUCCGACUUGCUUUCGCUUAUGUCGUCGCUUUUCGACUGCUGGUUCGGCUUUGUCUUUUGGGGCGUGGCGUACUUCCGCCUUAAAAAGCAUCACAAUCCUGGCGUGAGCUUUGUGGAGCUUUUUAAGACGUCGGUGUGGUGGGUCAAGCUCGAGUUCAUUGCCAACGUCAUUUUGAUCAUCAUGGGUCUUUACAUUCUCGGCCCGGGUCUUUAUGCCACCAUCCAGAGUAUUGUCUUGUCGUACCAGUCGGGGUUGUACGGCCUGGUGUUUGAGUGCACCCCCAGCACAGUCUAG